AUGGAAACAUUGAACAGGCGUCAAGUAACGGAUGAGGCCAGUGCAGCGCAGAGUAUAGACCCUGGCACCGAAUGCACUGCCUACUCCUACCAGCCAGUGAUAGAUGUCAUGUCUUCUUUCCCUACCAUAUGGGACACUGCUAGUCUAGUCAACGGGGACACCGAAGCUUCUUCACUCUUUGCUACAAUCAAUGCUACUCUCAACUCCAAAUUACCUAAUGUCAAGCCCAAAGGUACAUCCACCGGCGAUUUCUCAAACGUUGGUUACAGUGCCUCGGACCCCGAUUGCUGGUGGACUUGGUCACAAUGCACCAAUCCUGAUUCAUCUCUAGGCAUCAAUGCGGAUCAUACUACUGUGCCAGAGCCGGACACAUGGGGAUUGGGCUUUGAUGACGGGCCAAACUGUAGCCAUAACGCUUUCUACGACCACCUUAAAAACAAUGGGCAAAAGGCGACAAUAUACAUGACCUCUUUCUCCAAUGAGGAGGCCUUUGCGGAACUGUAUUACACUCGUAAAGCUAUCAAAGCAGUCCUAGGAGUGACUCCCACUUGUUGGCGUCCUCCUUAUGGUGACGUAGAUAAUCGGAUUAGACUCAUUGCUCAAGGUCUGAACUUGACUAAUUACGUGUGGUCGGACGAUUCGGAGGACUGGAAAACCAGUACUGCCGGAAGUAAUGUGACCGAAGCAGAUAUCACUGCGAAUUAUCAAGCAGUAGUCAGUAAAGCUUCGAAUGGGACGUACAAAGCCAGCGGACCCAUAGUGUUGACUCACGAACUGACCAACUUCACCAUGUCGGAGUUCAUGUCUCAAUACGACAGUAUCAAGGCAGCUUUCAAAUAUGUUGUGCCCCUUGCAAGUGCCUUCAACAUCACUCAACCAUACACCGAAAACAACGUCUCCUAUCCCGACUUCCUUGCAUACACAAACCAAAGCUCCUCCGCCAGCUCCUCCGUUUCUGUCAGUGGUUCCAGCACUGGCACUGAUACUACCGCGGGUGCCUCAUCAUCUGCUACCAGUAAUUCUAGCGGCGGCUCCAGUACUAAAAGCUCGGGUUCUCCCAAGUUAAUCGUCAACUUUUUCGCGAUCAGCGUUCUUGCCGGCCUUAUCAGUUGCGGAACCCUACUCUAG